AUGGUUGCUAUCCAGUCCAUCUUCGCCGCCGUCCUGGCUAUCCUGCCUGCGGCCAGUGCCACCCGAAGCUUCUACAACGACGGCCACCUUAACGGCUGGGACUUUGUCCGCCAUGAGAACCAGGGAACCGUCUCCGAGGUCUCCAACGUCGUCUACAAGGGCACCUCUGCUCUCAAGAUGACCCAGACCUACACGCCCGGCUACAAGGACCGCUACCACUCCGAGGUCGACCACAACCGCGGCUACGUCCGCGGCGAGGAGCAAUUCUACGGCUUUGCUUUCCGCCUCUCCGAGGACUGGCAGUUCCAGCCUCAGUCUUACAACAUUGCCCAGUUCAUCGCCAACCGCCCGGGCGCCGGCUGCGGUGGCGACGACUGGAUGCCCUCCAGCAUGUUCUGGAUCCAGAACAACCAGCUCUACGGCCGCUACGUCAACGGCCACUACCGCCAGCCCAACUGCGGCCGCAACAUCGUCACCCGCCCCAACCUUGCCACAGUCAGUGCUGGAGUGUGGCACCGAAUCGUCCUCCAGAUCAAGUGGACGUCCGACAACAGCGGCUACUUCAAGGUCUGGUUCGACGGCGUCAAGGUCCACGAGGAGUACAACGUUGCCACCACCGUCGAUGAUGACAGCGUCUUCCAGUUCCGCGUCGGUCUGUAUGCUAACAGCUGGCACGACGAUGGCCACAUGACCGGCAGCCAGAGCUUCCGCCAGGUCUGGUACGAUGAGAUCUCCGUUGGCACCACCUUUGCCGAUGUCGACCCCGACCUGCACUAA